AAUGCACGUAGCAGAAUAAGUUUCCGAAUAGAAACCUAAAAAGACAGACGAAAUCCGCAUGUGGUUGUGUUCGUUUAACAUGCUUAGAGUUCAUCAGUUAUGUCAUUGAAUGAAAUGCAUGCAUUGCUUUAAUGAGGAUAACCACUUGCAUGACUUGUUUAGCUGAAAAUCUCUUGUGAUGGAAGUCAAUGAGUUAGAUGCCACUAUUUGGGACAUUCCAAACUCUCAGGUGGUAUCACCAUACAUUGGACACUUUAUGGAUAUUGCCAAGUAUAAUGGUGCAAAUUAUUAUUUUUCAAAAACAAGAUUUCAUGAUUACUUUUAUGAAUUGAUAGAAAACAAAAUUGAAACAUUACAUGGUAUAGAUGAAAACUGUAUAGUUGGUGUACAGGGAAUUGGAAUAUCAACAACCUUAGUUCAUUAUGUCCUCACCUGCAUCAAAAAAGGUAUCAACAACAUUCAUUAUAUUGACUUAAACUUGGUUAAAGGUGAGACACAGAUGAACAGGUUGAAAAAGUAUGGUGAGGAAAUGAAGUCAGCAAGUGUGUUAAUUCUUGAUCAUAUGACUUUGUUUAACAGAAGUAUUGUAGCAGAUGUUAAAUCUCUGGUACCUAUAAGGAGAAUAAUCUAUGUUAAAUCAGGGUUCUCAGCAACAAGGAACCAGUUUGAUAACUUUAUUGGUUAUGAGUGGGAGUUAACCCAUGAAGAGUUCAAAAUAAUCUGGAUGGAAUCGAUGAAAAAAGCUAAGUGCACUGAUAACUUAGAUAACCAAGAAGUUUUUAUCACAGAACUUUAUGAUACUUGUAAGGACAAAUUUAUUUUAACACCUUGUUUAUUGCAUAGACUAUAUGUAUGUUUUGUGAUUGAUGGUGAUCGAUAUAGCCCAAAGGAGGAAGACGGAAAAGAUGUUGAUUAUUUUAUUAUGAGAUACAGAUCUAGUUUAGGAAAAGAUAUUACAGAAUUUAGAUUAAGACUAUUGGAAAUAAUGGAAUGUGGAUCGCCACAAGAAAAGCAUCAAUGUAGUGAGCUUUCUCUGCAUUCUAAAAUCCUAUUAAAUCAGGUUAAAAUCACAGGGUGUAUCCUCUUAAACAUUGAAAGAAACUGCCCAUUCAAGAUUCCUGUCAAUAUAUUCCAUUGUAAAUAUGGUAUAGUAAAAGAAAGUGAUAUUGAAAAGAAUCGAAGAUUUUUGGAAAAUGGUUUUCAAAAUGGAGAUAAAUAUGUAAGUGUAACUUUUACCCCUCAAGAGCAAUUGAAGCAUUGGGAGAAGUUAUUUCCCUUUGAUGUACAUUCUAUUAUUGAAAACAAAGAUACAAUGAAGGUUGAAAACAUGUUAGAUAUUUGCUUUCAGUCAGAAGGAAUUAGGAAAGAAAUGGAGAAUGAACUCGUUCGUUUACAGUAUCAGUUAAGGACGCUGAUUGUUCCUGGUGAUAUUAGAGAUUCAACCUCUGAAACACACUGUAAGAUAUCAGAUGAAUCAGUGAGAUGUGUUUUACCUCAGUGUCAAUCUGUAGCAAUCAUUUCAAAUUUAAGGGAGAUAACUUAUAUUAAUCUUACCACAUCUCAUCUGGAAAAAAUCUCAGCAAAAUGUCAAGGUCAUGAUGGAAACGUUGAAAAGAUGGCAAACUUUUUAAAGGACGAAAUUGAAAAGAAUAUUGAGCGCUGCCUUAUUGUUCAUCCAACAAUAGACAGCAUGAAAGGUUUUGAUUAUAUAUUGUACAAUUGCACAGAAACAGGAAGUGAUAUUGGUGCAAAAAAGGCAAAGAAAGCUAAACAAGAGAAGCUGCCCAUAUUACAUUUAGUACAGGUGACAACAGGUACAAGUAGAUCUGUAGGAGAAUCUCUAAAGAUAUUAAAGAGUGUGAUGGAUGGCUUUGUACAUCUUCAUGUUACAUUCAUCGUUGCAAGUAAAGAUUGUGAGACUUAUACAUUCAAUGGAAACGUUUGUUUUGAGAAUGCAUCAGUUGUAAACUUGACCCAUCUGGCCAUUGGAGGAAUGAUAAAACAGAGUAAACUGUUAAACAGUAUCAUUGGCAUGGUGGAAAGGUCAUAAAUAAUAUAGGUGUAUUAGAAUCAGACUUGAAAGCUUCAUAAAAAGUUUAUAAAUGUUGGGAAUAUUCAACAAAACAACAGCUAAUACAAAUUUGUACAUUUUUAGAUUUGCAUCCUGUUAAGUUAAUAAGCAUAUACUUUGAAGAUAAGUCCCUUGAAAAAUGUUAUGUAACCUUUUACUAAUUUUAUACAGAAAAUGGGAGUUUUAAAAUCCUGGUAUCUAUGAUAAGUUUAUAUCAAUUCAAUAUAUGUUUGAUUUUACAGAUCCAGACAGCUCAUUUAUUUGAUACAUUUUUGUACCAGUAAAGUAUUUAAAUGAAAUGUUAAGUGUUAAAUAGUUAUCAUAUUAAAAGUAGUAAUUUGAGGGUUGUAAGGAUACAAUGAAACAUUUGACAAAGAUUGUGCAUGUCUAGAUAAUGUAAUACAUAAAACAAGAUUCAGAUAAUCCAAAACCUUUCUAUUUCUGUUAGAGUAAUCAAAACAAGAACAUAUAGAUGGUUAAUACCCAUUUUUAACUUUGCUGCUAUGAAAUUUCAAAAUGUGAGACAAUUUUAUGGCAACUCCUUGUCUUCGUCAUAUCUUAUAUAAAUAUGUUUAUAAUGUUAGUUAUGUAAUAUAAUAAACAUGUUGUCAAUUUUAUUAAUUACAUUAUCUUAUCAA